AUGGCCAUGGCAAGUGUAAGUGCAAGUGCAAGUGCAAGGGCAAGGGCAAGGGCAAGGAUAAAUGACUUGGCAUUCAACUCAGACUACUCUUGUAUUUCCGUGUCGACCGAUGAGGGCCACAAGAUAUUCAAUUGUGAGCCGUUUGGGGAAAUCUACUCGUCGUCAAAUGCUUCAUUGAGAAAAUCAUUAUCGAAUUCGCUAGAGGAGGAACUCAUCACUAGCAACGCUGGUGGCCAGAACAAGGACCCUGACAUCUACCCAACGGUUUUCCUCAAAAUGUUGUUCUCCACUUCGCUAACAGUGAUCGUGCCCCAGACUGAGAGCAACAACUUGUUGAAAAUAUACAAUUUGAAACAGCAUUUGAAGAUUGUGGACUUGACAUUCAGCACGAGGAUCGUGGACGUCAAGUUGAAUCGAAAGAGAUUGGUUGUGGUGUUGGGCAAUGGCGAGGUGCACAUAUACGACUUGAGCUGCAUCAAACUAGUCAAAAUCCUCCGACUACUGGUAGACGAGGCGAAAUACACCACCUUUAUCGGUGACUUGAGCUCCAGCGAUAGCUCGUGGUUAUCACUCCCAAUCAGCUUGAUUGCUGAUAGCAAGGACCUUGUUGAAGAAGAGAGCGGAACAAGAACGAGUCGAUCUGGAUCGCUCGUGACUGGAGUUACCUACCCCAACACUAUUGCUGAGUCAAAGUUGAAUCUAGACGAGUACAUCGCCAUGACACCGAAAAAUCACGACAGCAAUAUCAUGGGCACACCCACGUCGAAUAUUACUUUGGAAGACUUGCAGAAGGACAGCCACGGGUGGGUGCUCGUUUACGACACGAUCAACUUGAAGCCCUCCAUCAUAUUCAAAGCUCAUGACUCGGGCAUUGCCAAGAUUUCAAUGUCGCACAAGAGCCAUAAGAUUGCCACUGCUUCAGUCAAGGGCACGAUUUUGCGAGUUUUCGAAAUUGAAAAGAAAAAGAAUACAAAUGCAGAGUCGAGUGGGGGGUGUGGGUUUAGCAUUGUGCUGGUGAAGAAUCUACGCCGUGGGCACAAUACGACCAAGGUGAAUACCAUCAGCUUCAACAAUGACGACCUGUUGUUGGGGUGUGGCUCGGAGUCGAAUACGGUGCACUUGUUUGAAAUGAGAAGCAAAGACGGCGAAGACGCGGACGAUGACGCGAAUAGCCGCUCGCGGAACAAUAGCUGGAGCGAGUACGAAGAUCAGAGUGAUGGCGAGGCCAACGUGUCGUCAACGGAGGAUUUGAAUGAGAGCUUGGCGAAUUUGCUUUUCUCGAAACCGUCAGACUCGAAUCCACCACUGGAUCAAUCGCAGCAACAACAACUGCAACUGCAACUGCUGCAGCAACAGGAAAUGCGACAACCGCAACAGCUGAAACAACUGCAGCCGCAAGAACAACCAUCACAAGAACCACAAGAACAACUGCAGCUGCAGCAGGAAACUAAAAAAUCGUGGUUCAACAAGACCAAAAAAAAGUUGCUAGAUAACCAAUAUACCAAUCUGAUUUUCAAAAAGAUACCAUACAAGGACUACUUAGAGAACCUUAUCUGGGAACCUCCAAGACGUUCGUUUGCAUACAUCAAACUCCCCGAACCUCAUCAUUCUGAGCAGCCGGGUCUGAACCAUAAAUACGAAAUCGGAUUCUGCGGCGACAUGAUCUUCGUGGCUUCGCAUGAGUCCGGCAUCUUUUACCAUUACCAAUUGCCAAAGAAAAAAAUGACUAUGGUCUCGGUUCCGUCUGCCCAUGCAGAGGACAGGGAAAAACGAGAGGAAUGUGUUUUGGUGAACAAGUACGAAUUGGCUUAA